AUUAUAAUGAAUAAACCUAUUCGAAAAAGAGAUAAAAUUAUUUCAAUUAUUAACAAUUCACUAAUUGAUUUACCAGCACCUAUUAAUUUAUCAACAAUAUGAAAUUUUGGCUCAAUCUUAGGGUUGUGUUUAACCAUCCAACUAAUUACAGGUAUUCUAUUAUCUAUACACUAUACAGCUAAUAUCGACAUUGCAUUUAAUAGAAUUAGACACAUUAUACGGGAUGUUAACUAUGGUUGGUUAAUACGAAAUAUUCACUCAAAUGGAGCAUCAAUAUUUUUUAUUUGUAUUUACUUACAUGUAGGACGGGGUAUAUAUUAUGGUUCAUACCACCUUAAUAAAACAUGAAACAUAGGAAUUAUUAUUUUAUUAAUAACAAUAGCAACAGCAUUUUUAGGGUACGUUUUACCUUGGGGGCAGAUGUCAUUUUGAGGGGCUACAGUAAUUACUAAUUUAAUAUCAGCUUUACCUUAUAUUGGGACAAUGUUAGUAAAUUGAAUUUGGGGUGGAUUUAGAGUGGAUAAUGCGACAUUAUCACGAUUUUUAAGACUACAUUUUAUAAUACCAUUUAUUAUCUUAAUACUAUCAAUAAUUCACCUAUUAUUUCUUCAUAUUACCGGGUCUAGAAAUCCUAUAGGAGUAAACUCAAAUAUUGAUAAAAUUCCAUUCCACCCCUUUUUUUCAAUCAAAGAUUUAAUAGGAUUUACCAUAAUAAUAUUUACAUUAUUAACAAUUGUAAUAAUUUAUCCAUAUCUUUUAUCUGAUCCAGAUAAUUUUACCCCCGCUAACCCUAUAGUUACUCCAGUUCACAUUCAACCAGAAUGAUAUUUCCUUUUUGCGUAUGCGAUUUUACGAUCAAUCCCUAAUAAAUUAGGGGGUGUAAUAGCUUUAUUCAUAUCAAUUGUAAUUUUAGUUAUUUUACCAUUUACAAUAAAAUCAAAAUUUAAAGGUAUUCAAUUUUACCCAAUUAAUCAAAUUAAUUUUUGAAUAUUUAUUACUAUUAUAAUUCUACUAACCUGAAUUGGAGCCCGACCUGUUGAACAGCCAUACACUGAAACAGGUUUAAUUUUAACAAUUAUAUAUUUUUUAUACUUCAUUUAUGAUCCAAUUAUAGCAAAAACAUGAGACAAGUUAGUUAACUAA